UACAAUAGUCUUAAUACAACUACUAUUUAUCAAUCAAUAACCGUAAGUAAGAACAAUUGUAGUAGUAGUAGUGUAAAACUCGUGAAGCUCGGUCACUCGUAUCCAUCCUAUAUAAACCUCUUUCUAUCUUCUCCACUCCAACCUUCACACAGGAAACACAAUCGGUUGAGGAAUCUGUGAUCUCUUGAGAUAUGAUGAAUUCUAGAAGAGACACCCGAAACAACAGAGUUGCUCUUUUUGAUGGUAUUGAGGAGGGAGGCAUCAGAGCUUCAUCUCUUUACUCCGCAGGUUCUUCCCAUGAAAUUGAUGAACAUGAUAAUGAACAAGCAAUGGAUGGAUUGCAAGAUAGAGUUAAUCUACUGAAAAGAUUGUCAGGUGAUAUACACGAGGAGGUGGAUAACCAUAACCGGAUGCUGGAUCACAUGGGCAAUGAUAUGGAUUCUUCUAGGGGUGUCCUCUCAGGAACCAUGGACAAAUUCAAAAUGGUAUUUGAGACAAAAUCGAGCCGAAGAAUGUUCUCGCUGGUAGCAUCAUUUGUUGUUAUUUUUCUUAUUAUUUACUAUCUAACUAGGUAACUGGUCUUUUAUUCAAUCAGCUUGAUGUAAGAUCUGAUGAAAGGAGACUACUUGUUCUGUUACUGUAAUUAAUGUCACUACUUGUAAGAUGUUCUCUUAUGUUUGUAUAAAGAUUUUUACUUUUUAAUA